AUGCGCUUCUUCUCUCUUGCUGCCGCCAUCUUGGGCGUCGCAAGCAUCGCCACCGCGAUGCCGCUCAAGGAUGGGCCGGGACCAGAGGGCAAGGCAGUCGAUCCACUUGGAGCUGGUCCAGAACCACCUGCGCAUCAUGUCAAUGGCAAACCCGAACCUCCGCCACCGGCGCCGAAGCCGAAGAACGACGGCCCAGCGCCCGUGGGCAAGAAAGAAAAGAAAGGUAAAAAGGGAAAGAAGAAUAAGAAUGGCGCUCCUCCACCUCCACCGCCACCACCUUCGGAGGAAAAGAAGGCCAAAAAGGGGUCGAAGGGCUCUCCUCCGCCGCCGCCACCAUCCGAGAAAAAGAAGGCCAAGGAUGGCACUCCUCCACCUCCACCGCCACCUCCCGAGGAAAAGAAGAAGGGCUCAAAGGGCUCUCCGCCGCCACCACCUCCCAACGGUCCCAACUAA